AUGCCGGGCGCCUCCCCUGGUCCUCAGCAGCCCCCUGUCCAGCUGGGCAGGGGACGACGACCUUUAUCAUCAAGGGAGCGAAAAUCGGGCUUUUCCAACACAGGCGGCGGCCGCAACCCUGACCGGAAACAUGGAAGUUUUGUGCAAAGCAGCAAGGUCCGACAUCUCGCACACAACCGCCCCGAAAAUCGGUACUACAACGUCGACAGCGCGAACGAGCGAUACAUGAACAUGGCUGGAAAAAAGGGAGAAAAUACCAAAAAAGCGGCUGGGAACGCCCGCAAGGCCGACGCUGCGGCCAAGAAGAACGCCGCGCAGGAUGCGCAGCGCGAGGCCGUUGAGGACGAGCAGUGGCAGAAGGGCUCCAAGAACAACUCAAAGAAGGAAGCCGAAGAGGCCAAGCGAGCCGAAGCCGCCCGCAAGAAGGCCGAGAAGGACGCGUUGAUGAAGGAGGAGGAGGAGGCCAUCGGCGGCCGCGCCGAGCCCAAGAAGUCCAAGGCGCCCGUCAAGAAGUCGCGCGGCCUGGACCUGGCGCAGCUCGACGACGACGGGCCGAGCACUCUCAACGCCAGCGGCAUCGACAACGCGCUCGACGCCCUGUCGCUGACGGCCGGCGGCGGCGACACCAAGAUCGACACGCACCCGGAGCGCCGCUUCCCCGCGGCCUACCGCGCCUACGAGGAGCGCCGCCUCAACGAGAUGAAGGCGGACGGCAGCGGCACCGGUCUGCGCCUGGAUCAGCGCAAGCAGCGCAUCCGCAAGGAGUUUGACAAGAGUCCGGAGAACCCGUUCAACCAGGUGACGGCGGCGUACAACGCGACGAGGGAGGACAUUCGCGAGGUGCGCGAGAGCGAGAAGAGCAAGAUUGAGAAGCGCCUGGGUGCUUGA